CGUGCCCGGAAGUGGGAAGUGGUGGCGGAACGGCAGCUCCCUGGUCACGGCUAAAUUGACGGGCUCAUCCUAGUAGCGGUGGCCGUCGGGGCCCUGUCCUGUCUCCGUCUUGGAGGACCCGCCUCGGCACAGCCGGGCUCGGUCCAGCCUUGUGCUGAUUAAAAAUGACAGCAAUCAAGCAUGCGUUACAAAGAGAUAUUUUUACACCAAAUGAUGAACGCCUGCUGAGUAUUGUCAAUGUCUGCAAAGCAGGAAAAAAGAAAAAGAACUGUUUUCUGUGUGCCACAGUGACAACUGAACGCCCCGUGCAGGUGAAGAUGGUCAAAGUUAAAAAAUCCGACAAAGGAGAUUUCUACAAAAGGCAGAUUGCUUGGGCCCUUCGAGACCUUGCUGUGGUAGAUGCCAAGGAUGCUAUUAAAGAAAAUCCUGAAUUUGAUUUACAUUUUGAAAAAAUAUAUAAAUGGGUUGCCAGCAGCACUGCUGAAAAGAAUGCAUUUAUUUCAUGCAUUUGGAAAUUGAAUCAGCGAUAUCUCCGGAAGAAAAUUGAUUUUGUCAAUGUUAGCUCACAGCUCUUGGAAGAACUGCCUAAAGUUACAGAAGAAUCUGUUCCAAGUGGAGAAAAUCAGAGUGUGACAGGAGGUGAUGAAGAAGUAGUAGAUGUUUACCAAGAGUUAAAUGCAAGAGAAGAGCAGGAUAUUGAAAUAAUGAUGGAAGGCUGUGAAUGUGCAAUCUCUAAUGCUGAGGCCUUUGCAGAAAGGUUGUCCAGAGAGCUACAGGUGCUAGAUGGGGCUAACAUCCAAUCAAUCAUGGCCUCUGAAAAGCAAGUGAACAUCCUGAUGAAGUUGCUGGAUGAGGCUUUAAAGGAGGUAGAUCAGAUUGAAUUGAAACUGAGCAGUUAUGAGGAAAUGCUCCAAAGCGUAAAAGAACAAAUGGAUCAGAUCUCUGAAAGCAACCACCUAAUUCAUCUUAGUAACACUAAUAAUGUAAAACUCCUGUCUGAAAUAGAGUUUCUUGUGAACCACAUGGACUUGGCCAAAGGUCAUAUAAAGGCCCUUCAGGAAGGAGAUCUUGCUUCCUCCAGAGGCAUUGAGGCCUGCACCAAUGCCGCAGAUGCCCUUCUACAGUGCAUGAAUGUAGCUCUUCGACCAGGCCAUGACAUGCUCCUGGCAGUCAAACAGCAACAGCAGCGUUUCAGUGAUUUGCGAGAGCAUUUUGCCCGGAGACUGGCCAGUCACCUCAACAAUGUUUUUGUUCAACAGUUUACUCAGGCCCUCCUUCAACUCUAUAACAGGUCCUACUUUCUUUCGGUGCCUGGUCACGAUCAGAGUUCAACUCUUGCUCAGCACUCUGUUGAACUGGCUUUACCCAAUCAUCAUCCAUUUCAUAGAGACUUGCUUCGAUAUGCCAAGUUGAUGGAGUGGCUGAAGAGUACAGAUUAUGGAAAAUAUGAGGGACUAACAAAGAAUUACAUGGAUUAUUUAUCACGGCUGUAUGAGAGAGAAAUUAAAGAUUUCUUUGAAGUUGCAAAGAUCAAGAUGACUGGCACAACUAAAGAAAGCAAGAAGUUUGCUACACUGCCUCGAAAAGAAAGUGCUGUCAAACAGGAAACAGAGAGUCUUCAUGGAAGUUCUGGGAAAUUAACUGGAUCCACUUCUAGUCUAAAUAAACUCAGUGUUCAGAGUUCAGGGAAUCGCAGAUCUCAGUCAUCUUCUUUGUUGGAUAUGGGAAACAUGUCUGCCUCUGAUCUCGACGUUGCUGACAGGACCAAAUUUGAUAAGAUCUUUGAACAGGUACUAAGUGAACUAGAGCCCUUGUGUCUGGCAGAACAGGACUUCAUAAGUAAAUUUUUCAAACUACAGCAACAUCAAAGUAUGCCUGGAACAAUGACUGAAGCAGAGGACGUAGAUGGAGGAACAUUAUCCCGGCAACAUAAUGCUGGCGCGCCACUGCCAGUUUCAUCAGAAAAAGAUAUGAUCCGCCAAAUGAUGAUUAAAAUAUUUCGCUGCAUUGAGCCAGAACUGAACAACCUAAUUGCAUUAGGAGACAAAAUUGAUAGCUUUAACUCCCUUUACAUGCUUGUCAAAAUGAGUCAUCAUGUGUGGACUGCACAAAAUGUGGAUCCUGCUUCUUUCCUGAGUACUACAUUGGGAAAUGUUUUGGUGACUGUCAAAAGGAACUUUGACAAAUGCAUUAGUAAUCAAAUAAGGCAAAUGGAAGAAGUAAAGAUCUCAAAAAAGAGUAAAGUAGGAAUUCUUCCAUUUGUUGCUGAAUUUGAAGAAUUUGCUGGACUCGCAGAAUCAAUCUUUAAAAAUGCUGAGCGUCGUGGAGAUCUAGAUAAAGCAUAUACCAAACUUAUCAGAGGAGUAUUUGUUAAUGUGGAGAAAGUAGCAAAUGAAAGCCAGAAGACCCCCAGGGAUGUAGUUAUGAUGGAAAACUUUCACCAUAUUUUUGCAACACUGUCUCGUUUGAAAAUCUCAUGUCUAGAAGCUGAAAAAAAAGAAGCCAAACAAAAAUACACAGAUCACCUUCAGUCUUAUGUCAUUUACUCUUUAGGACAACCUCUUGAAAAGCUAAAUCAUUUCUUUGAAGGUGUUGAAGCUCGCGUGGCACAGGGUAUAAGAGAGGAGGAAGUAAGCUAUCAACUUGCAUUUAACAAACAAGAACUUCGUAAAGUCAUUAAAGAGUAUCCUGGAAAGGAAGUGAAAAAAGGUCUAGAUAACCUCUACAAAAAGGUUGAUAAACAUUUAUGCGAAGAGGAGAACUUACUUCAGGUGGUGUGGCACUCUAUGCAAGAUGAAUUUAUACGCCAGUAUAAGCACUUUGAAGGUUUGAUAGCUCGCUGUUAUCCUGGAUCUGGCGUUACAAUGGAAUUCACCAUUCAGGACAUUCUAGAUUAUUGUUCCAGCAUUGCACAGUCCCACUAAAACAAGAGAUAGAUGAAAGAAGUGUCUACUAUUUUGUGUGUGUGUGUGUGUGUGUGUGUGUGUGUGUGUGUGUGUGUGUGUGGAAAGAAAAGAUUUAGGUGGUAGGUUGCCCCUGCUGCUUUAAGUCAACAGACUGGAUAGGAGGAGUGGGUAUAUGCAA